AUGGACGUCCGCUGGGUUCUGUACUCGUUGUUUGUUUUUCACAAACUUGUUUCGGUUUCUAAAGCAAGUUUGGUGUACUCGCUAAAUGAUGGAUUUGAAAUUCCCGCCAUAGCGUUGGGUACAAGUUUGGGACAUUUAUCAGACGGAACCAGAGUUCUUCCCAUAAACCAUUCAUUAGCGCAGGCAGUGGAGUGGGCUCUGGAGGCAGGAUAUAGACACAUAGACACGGCGUCACUAUAUCGAGUUGAGGAUGAAGUGGGGCUCGGUAUUCGGAAUUAUGUCAGAAAUUCCGGUGUUGCUAGACGUGAUAUUUAUGUCACUACGAAGUUAUGGAACGACGCUCACGGACGAGCCGAGGUUAUUCCUGCAUUAAAAAUAUCCUUGGAGCAGUUGCAAUUAGCGUAUGUGGACCUGUAUUUGAUGCACUAUCCUAUGGCAUAUAAGAAAGACGGAACUGUAAGCCUUACUGACUACCUAGAGACAUGGAAAGGUCUGGAAGACGCUAAAGACGCUAAUCUUACAAAGUCUAUUGGAGUGUCAAAUUUCAACCUGUCUCAAAUGCAGCGUCUCUGGGAUCAUUGCAGAAUUAAGCCAGCCGUUUUACAAAUAGAGGUGAACCCGAGCAUAACACAGAAUGAAUUAAUUAAUUGGUGUAAUAAGCACGGUGUUAUAGUAAUGGCAUACAGUCCAUUUGGGGCAAUAUUGGGACGGAAGAAAGAUGCACCACCACCACGUUCGGAUGACGCCGUUCUCACGAGGAUUGCCCUUAAAUACAAGAAGACGGUGCCUCAGGUUUUACUUAGAUAUCUGCUGGACCGCAAGUUAGUCGCCAUUCCACGGUCAACGAACAAAGAACGUAUCAAGCAAAACAUCGACCUAAUGGAUUUUUCACUCAAUUCUGAAGAAGUUGAAGAGCUGUCGAGCUUUAACAGUAAUUACAGGCUCCGGACACCGGCUAAGUGGUAUUCACAUCCGUUCUUUCCAUUUGAGAAAAAGAACCUUACGGAUACUCAAAUAAGAUACAUAAUCGAGCACAGCAAAGAAGAUUGA